AUGUCUCGCUACAAACUCAAUCUCUGGGGCGUCAAGAUCGACCUCAAACUAGUCGGCGAUGUCUUUUUCCUUACGGGAGCAGGUCUCUCCAUGUACUACAUGGUAAACCAUUUGUUAAGUGAAAUGGAUGGAGGCAAGAACAAGGAAAGCUUGAAGAACAGCAAUAAAGUGCUCAAAAAGAUCCAGCUGGGCAACGGUGCGCUUCGAGACCUUCUGUUUAAUGAAUACGAGAGAAGGCUCCUCAACGCGUUGGUGUUGCCGGAAGAUUUGACGGUCACGUUCGACGACAUUGGUGGUUUGCAGCCAAUUAUAGACGAGUUGCACGAAGCCGUGAUCCUCCCACUCACAGAACCCGAUCUUUUUUCAGCAUACUCGUCAUUGGUGCAAUCGCCGAAAGGUGUAUUGUUUUAUGGCCCGCCCGGUUGCGGUAAGACAAUGUUGGCCAAAGCUAUUGCAAAAGAGUCAGGUGCAUAUUUCCUUCUGAUUCGUAUGCUGACAAUUAUGAACAUGUGGUAUGGUGAAAGUAAUAAAAUGGCGGAUGCAAUUUUCUCGUUGGCCAAUAAGUUGCAACCAUGCAUUAUCUUUAUUGAUGAAAUUGAUUCGUUCUUGAGAGAGCGUGCCUCUGGCGAUCACGAGGUGAGCGCCAUGUUAAAGGCCGAAUUUAUGACUUUGUGGGAUGGACUCUCUUCUAAUGGCCGUAUUAUGGUAAUGGGCGCUACGAACAGACACAACGACAUCGAUCUGGCGUUUAUGAGACGUAUGCCUAAGCGGUUUGCCAUUGGUAAGCCAGACGAGGAACAGAGACAGUCUAUUCUCACGAAGAUUCUUCGUGACACGGCGGUUGACGAAAGCUUUGACCUCGACUUUUUGGUGAGAAAAACCGAAGGCUACAGCGGGUCAGAGCUUCGAGACUUGUGUCGUGAGGCUGCUCUCAAGUCAAUGAAGGAGUACAUACGAACAAACUAUAAGAACAGACAAAAGGUCACUGAGGAGAAUGACGAGAAGGCGGUGCGUCCUCUUUGCUUGAGCGACUUUUUCCCUGAAAGCCAGGGCACGAUUCCUUCUCCGGUUGAUUGA